GGCAGCAGCCCCGGGAUGCACAGAGUGCUGUCCAUGGAUGCAACGCUCGCCCCGAGAGACCCCCGAGCUCCCGGCCAGUUUGGACACCCUGUUGCAGUCCCCGAUGAUAAACAAGAAGAAGCAAAAAGUAGAUGGAAAGAAGGAAACUUUAAUGUCUACCUCAGCGAUCUGAUCCCUGUGGACCGAGCCAUACCCGACACCAGGCCUGCAGGGUGUCCYGAGCAGCAGGUCCACGAUGACCUCCCCACCACCAGCAUCAUCAUGUGCUUCGUGGAUGAGGUGUGGUCCACCCUGCUGCGCUCCGUGCACAGCGUCCUCGGCCGCUCUCCCCCGCACCUCAUCGAGGAAAUCAUUUUGGUCGACGACUUCAGCACCAAGGAGUACCUGAAGGAGCAGCUGGACAAAUACAUGGCACAGUUCCCCAAGGUGAAGAUCCUGCGUCUCAAGGAGCGGCACGGUCUGAUCCGGGCCAGGCUGGCGGGAGCAGAGAUCGCCAAAGGCGCUGUGCUGACAUUCCUGGACUCGCACGUGGAGUGCAAUGUGGGAUGGCUGGAGCCGCUGCUGGACAGGGUCCGCCUGCGCCGCACCAAGGUGGCCUGUCCYGUCAUCGAGGUCAUCAGCGACAAGGACAUGAGUUACAUGACGGUGGACAACUUCCAGCGUGGGAUUUUUACUUGGCCRAUGAAUUUUGGAUGGAAGCAGAUUCCACAAGAGGUCAUUGAGAAAAAUAAAAUCAAGGAGACUGAUAUAAUAAGGUGCCCYGUCAUGGCAGGUGGCCUGUUCUCCAUCGAUAAGAAAUAUUUUUUUGAGUUGGGAAUGUACGACCCGGGRCUGGAUGUCUGGGGAGGGGAAAACAUGGAGAUUUCGUUCAAGGUCUGGAUGUGCGGAGGAGAGAUCGAGAUAGUCCCCUGCUCCAGAGUUGGGCAUAUUUUCAGGAAUGACAAUCCUUAUUCCUUCCCAAAAGACCGGGUGAGCACGGUGGAGAGGAACCUGGCCCGCGUGGCAGAGGUGUGGCUGGACGAGUACAAGGAGCUCUUCUACGGCCACGCUUACCACCUGCUCCUGAAAAACGUGGACGUGGGUGACCUGAGCCAGCAAAUGCGGCUGCGGGAGAAGCUGCGCUGCCAGAGCUUCCGCUGGUACCUGGAGAACGUCUACCCGGACCUGGAGGCGCCCCUGGUUAAAGCCAGCGGGCUGGUACGUGCCCAAAGUGUUCACUGUCAGGGCAUG